CUCAUAUAUUCCACUCACGGGUAUCACCGAUCACGAAACUGCUUUAAAGUCUAUCAGGCAAGAAGAGACAAUGUCUACAUCACGAUCCCCACCACUGCCAACCGUGGUGUAUGACACCGAACGAGGUAGUCUAUCUGCCCUAUCGGAUGAUUCACUCUUGCCACCUGACAUUGAUAAAUUACUGGCUGAGAAGAAAAGAAGAUGGUAUUCUUCAUUAAGACAGUUUGAGCUGCCUAGACGAUGGCAGAUAGGACUUACUUGUCUCAGUAUAACCUUAUCUGCUUGUCAAGCGAAUGGUGUGUAUUGCUGGCCGACUUAUGGCCCAGUCGUAGCCAAACAACUCAGUCUCACUGGUUCACAAGCUCAAACCAUAGUUGUGGGAGGUAUUCUCGGAGUAUACAUUAUGGCUGCUCCAUUGGGUUCUCUGACAGAUCGUUAUGGAGUGAGAGUAGGUUCAGCAGUCUCAGCCGCUCUAGCAGCAUUAGGUUAUUUAUCUUUCGCCGUAUUAUUGUCGACUUUAGAACCUGGAGCGACGUAUGCUCAUCUAUGGUUGACAGCUGCGUAUUUUUGUGUCGGAGCGGCGACUGUUGGAUCUUAUUUCGCAUGUUUGACAUGUGCUUCAUUAUCCUUCCCUUCUCACCCCACAUUAUCCCUUUCUGUCCCUCUUUCCCUACUUGGACUUUCAUCCCUCGUCCUCUCUUCAUUCUCCUCUUUACCCAUAUUCUCCUCAUCCUCCGAAUUAGACCCUCGAAAAUUUCUAAUCUUCCUCGGUAUUCUUUCCCCCUCUGUAAACCUCUUCGCAGCUUUGUUCAUGCGUGUCAUCCCUCCUUCUAACUCAUUACCCGACUCUCCUAAUCUCGGACCGACAUCACCUCUGAUGCAAAGUUUUCAUGGCGAAUUUCUCAGUCAAAGUUUACAUCUCGAUGAAAGAACUCCUCUUCUCAUCGGUGGACCUGAUGCUGCUUUACAAGAGAUAGAAGAAGUUGGUCGAGAAAUCAAAUGGACAGCAUGGGGUUUGUUCAAAGAUUGGGAAGGUUUUUGGGUAUUUGGAUUGGUUUUAGCACUUUGUAUCGGUCCGAGUGAAACUAUAAUAGCUUCAAUCGGUUCUAUUCUCACUUCUCUACUUCCAUCAACAACAUCCCUCACUCCUUCUUCAUCAAUAUCAUUCCUAUCGCAAUUUACCAUUCUCACACAACCAUCAGCUUUGUCAUUAAGGAACAAACACGUUUACAUACUUUCUUUCUCUGGAACUAUCUCACGUCUUUUAACAGGUUUCAUAGCGGAUAGAUUAUCCCCACCACUCGUAGCUAUCCCAAAUCCGGCAUACAAACCUGACGGAGAACCAGAUUCAAGGUCAGGUUCAAGUUCAAGUGACGAUAUCCCACCACAUUUGUUCGUAAGACAAAAACCUGUCAUUGUAUCUCGAUCGGUAUACGCAGGGAUAUGUGGUAUUCUUUUGGCUGGUGUUUUCGCUUGGUCAGCUGGUUGGUUGGAGUCUGAGCGAGGUCUUUGGGUUUUAAGUGCUGGGACUGGAGCAUUGUAUGGAUCUUUGUUCACUCUUUCCCCCGCGAUUGUCUCUGCCCACUUUGGUCCCACAAACUUCGGUUUGGCAUGGGGUAUGGUAUCUUAUUUCGCUGCUCUCGGUUCUGUCUUAUUCUCGUACCUCUACGCAUUCAUAUCUGAAUCUCAAGCGGAACAACUUUCUCCUACUCAAUGUUACGGUCCUCAUUGUUUCCGAACAACCCUCUACGUUUCUGCUAUCUGUUGUGUAGGUAGUGCAAUAGGUUUUGUUUUUAUAGGUAGACGAUGGAACGUCUAAUCUCAACUACUACACGUUCUCUCUUAUUGUACGAACAAUGAAAUUGAUCAGGUCAUACCACUAUGCAUAAACAUGCAAAUG